AUGCUCGAUACAAUCCGGGAUGCACCUCUAGGCCAAUUCCUCCGAUGGCUAACCCAGAAUAGAAUACUCUUGUUUCCUGAUGAGCGGGAAGGAUUCGUGUUACCCAAGCUGGCAUCUGGUACUUCUGUCGAGGACGUUGCGAACCCCGACAAUUCUGUGUCCGACCCAGUCGAGGCACAAAAGGAGGGCCCUGAAACACACGGUUCGGAAAAAGCAGAGGACUCGGGACCGAAGUCUGAGUUGGCGGACCUUGAAAAGGCUGGGGGAAGUAGCGGACCGUCGACACGCCCAACAAGAAGGUCAAACGAUGAGAAUUUAGAGCCUAGUCUCGCAAGGCAACGGAGUCUGUCGUUCACAGAAGAACGUUACGCCUUGGAUCAGCAACUGGAGCUGGAAAAAACCAGGAGCAAGCCUAUAUCACUCCACAAAUCGGCCGAUGGCACCAUUCUCGUUGACUGGUAUACGACUGACGAUCCUGAGAAUCCGCAGAACUGGUCGCAGGCAAAGAAGCUCUUUAUAUUGGUUCAGAUAUGGUAUUUUCUCUCUAUGAUCCUGGCCGCGCAACGAUUGAGGCCGAGAAACUCACGUAAAGUUUGCAGCUUAUACACCUUCGCCAUUGGGGUCAUGCAGAGAUUCGGCGUUGGUGAAGCAGCAGCAGGAAUGGGCCUUGCCAUAUAUGUGAUAGGAUAUGGAGUUGGCCCCCUGCUGUUCGCCCCCCUGUGCGAGAUUCCUGCCAUUGGCCGCAACGGAGUUUACACGCCUGCCUUUAUUUUAUUUACCAUCAUCUGUAUCCCGACAGCUGUGGUAGACAAUUACGCUGGUCUCUUGGUUCUUCGAUUUUUACAAGGCUUUCUAUCUAGCCCUUGCCUUGCCAAUGGAGCUGCCUCGGUCAGUGAUAUGUUCUCCCUCUUGUUGCUCCCUGUCUAUCUCUCCUCUUGGACGGGUGCUUGCUUCUGGGGCCCUGCUCUCGGACCAGUCAUGGCGUCGUAUGCCGUCAGUGCCAAAGGAUGGAGAUGGUCGUUGUGGGAGCUACUCUGGCUUAGCGCACCAAUUCUGGUCGUCUACCUGAUUGCUUUCCCUGAAACCUCUGGCGCUACGAUUCUUCGACGACGAGCUGCGCGACUUCGGAAACUUACGGGCAGGACAGACCUACGCUCCCAGAGCGAGAUCGACCAGGAACAUAUGAAGUACUCGGAAGUCUUUUUUGACGCCAUAAUUAAGCCGCUCGAGAUCAUGAUAAAGGAUCCUGCUGUCGCGUACACUAACCUCUAUGCCUUCCCGCUGGUCUACACGGCGAUCUACGGUUUCAACCUCGGCGAGCUGGGCUUGACUUUUGUGACCAUCGGAGUGGGGUGUACGAUUGCGGUCGUUGUCUACAACACAUACCUGCUCCUCUACCUAGUGCCUGACAUCAUCAAAAACGGUCUGCGGGCACCGGAGCACCGGCUGGUACCUGCAUUGUUUGGCGUCUGCACGUUGCCCGCGGGACUGUUCAUGUUUGGCUGGACAUCUCGCCACGGCGUGCACUGGAUAGUCAGCAUCAUCGGCGUCAUAAUCGUGGUUUGCUCCAACUUUGUCAUCUUCCAGUGCAUCUUCGUAUAUCUGCCGUUAUCAUACCCACGCUACACGGCCUCGCUGCUUGCCUCCAACGACCUAUUCCGCUCCCUCUUCGCCGCCGGCACUGUCAUCUUCUCUCGACCCAUGUUCAUCAAUCUGGGAAUUGGUCCCGGUAUUAGUCUGCUUGCAGGGCUGGCGUGUGUUGGGGUGGUCGGUAUGUUCUUGCUAUGGAGGAUGGGUGGUAUGCUGAGGGCAAGGAGUAAGUUCGCGGUGGGUUAG